CAACGAGACUACAAAGACAGCUGUUUCCUGUUGUGUGAAAGAUGGCGACGUUCUUUGGUGAAGUUUUGUCAGUGUCAUCACGAGCAGUUGAUGAAGACGAUGAAGAAGAUGAUUUUCCCAUAACGCUUUGCUCUCCUACAAUUUAUUGGUCAAAUAAAGUUCAAGCAGAGAUUGACAAAUCUGAAGAGAAGAAAUUAAACUGUUCCAGUUUUAUUAUAGCCUGUGGAAUAGAAGCUAAUGCAUUUAGUGAAAUCUAUAUAAAAGAGUCAAGUUAUGAAAAGAUUGGUGGAAUAUUUGCCAGUCAAGUGGAAGAGGAUCCUUUAGCUAAGCCUCAAUCUUUUAAAGACAAAUCUUGCUUGAUUUAUCAGUGUUCUGAUAGGCCAUCUGUAUUAUUGUGUCAGUGUAGUCGGGAUGUUCUACCUGAAGAAAGCUUUACAUGGUCAAAAUUACUGAUAGACAACAUAAAUUUGAAUCAUGCAGCAAUAACAGUGUUAGCUGCAGCUAGCACAGGAAGCUACUGCAGCCAAACCCCUGCCUCACAAGUAGAGACUCCCUUUCUCAGAUAUCUAAAAACGGACCAGCUUCUGGAUGUACCAGUCUGUCCUGUGCUGGAGCAGCCUAAUAUGUUGACGGGGCUGCCUGCUAUGUUGAUGACAUUUUUCCAGGUUCUCCAGCUCCAAGCUGUUGUUUAUGUUUGUUAUAAAGAAAACAGAUACAUGGAUAUUACUGAUGUCAAGUCUUUUGCUCCGGUUUUGAAAGCUACAACAUUAAAGAGUAUAGCUAAGCCAAUAAAAAACAUGGAGAAGUUAAAAGAAAUAGUGGAGCAACACACAGUGCAUGAUUCUAUGUAUAUGUGAUUUGUUUAAUAUGAUGUGACUGGUUUAAUAUGAAGUGAAUGGUUUAAUAUGAUCUGAUUGGAAUAAUAUAUGUGUAUUGUUCAGUAUAGGAGUGAUGUGACUGAUUGUUCAAUCUGGUGUGGAUGUCUCCAUCACCUUGAAAAUAAUCUAGUUAUUGUUCUGAACAUUGAGAAAUUGGAUUGCAUUUUUGAAUUGUUUUGUUUAAUAAAAGUUCAAAUUUUUUCCUUUU